UAUUUGACAUUUGACCGUUUUCUAUAAUGACAGCUGGAUUUCCAGAAAAAUAGAAGUUGGCAAAUUUUGUGUCAUUAUUACCUUAUCGUGAUCUUGAAUAAGAAUUUGGCUGUUUAAGUAGUUGAAAUAUCAUCAAAGAGUUGUAUAUGUGCAGUAAGAAAAGUUGUGGAGUGUUCUGAAACUUGUAUUAUUCAUAUUAUAGUGCCGGCGUCACCAUGUCGGACGAGAGUCAUCCAAAAACACUUUAUGUAGGUAAUCUGGACGUGUCAGUGUCAGAGGACCUGUUGUGUACACUAUUCUCACAAAUAGGUCCAGUAAAAGGAUGUAAAAUAAUUAGAGAGCCUGGAAAUGAUCCAUAUGCUUUUGUUGAAUUUACCAACCACCAGUCAGCAUCAACAGCUUUAGCUGCCAUGAAUAGGCGAUUGUUUUUAGAUAAAGAAAUGAAAGUAAAUUGGGCAACAAGUCCUGGAAAUCAGCCCAAACAAGAUACCUCUAAUCAUCAUCAUAUAUUUGUUGGUGAUUUAUCUCCAGAAAUAGAGACUGAAACAUUGAGAGAGGCCUUUGCUCCAUUUGGAGAAAUUUCUAACUGCAGAAUAGUGAGAGAUCCACAAACUCUAAAAUCUAAAGGUUAUGCUUUUGUAUCUUUUGUUAAAAAAGCUGAAGCUGAGAAUGCUAUACAGGCUAUGAAUGGACAAUGGCUUGGGUCGAGAUCUAUCCGUACUAAUUGGUCUACAAGAAAACCACCACCGCCUAGAACUGAGAAACCAGCUCAAAGACAAAAGCAGCCAGAAUUUGAAGAAAUUUAUAAUCAGACUUCGCCAACAAAUACAACUGUUUAUUGCGGUGGCUUUGCAAGCGGACUCACUGAUGAAUUGGUACACAAAACAUUUGCUCCAUUUGGAACAAUUCAAGAUAUUCGAGUAUUCAAGGAUAAAGGUUAUGCUUUCAUCAAAUUUUUAACAAAAGAAAGUGCAACUCAUGCCAUUGAACAUAUUCAUAAUUCUGGAAUUAAUGGUCAUAUUGUAAAAUGUUUUUGGGGAAAAGAGAACGGAGGAUUCGGCCCAGAUUCAACCUCAAUGCAGCCAGGUGCUAUUUCACAGUCAUCUGCACCUUCUUAUUCUUAUGGUUAUGGAAAUUAUUGGUACCCACAAGGUUACACAGGAGGUGGCUACAUGCAAGGCUACCAAUCCUAUCAGCAAUACCAACAAUAUCCUCCAGGUGGUCAGCAGUACUGUGUUAUGCCUCAACAAGGACAGUGGUCAGGACAACCAGGACAACAACCAAAUGUUCCCGUUAUGUAUGGUAAUGUUCAGAAAUAUCCAUCUCAGUGAAAUGUUUAAUAGACAUUUAUUUGGAUUAUAUUUUUGUUGCAAAGAUGAACUGCAAACUAAAGUUAUACUUUGCCAUAUGCUCUGUGGCAUUUAAGCAAAGGACAUUUAUCAAAUAAACUAAAUUUACUUAUACAUAUUUUAAUAUAUAUAAGGGAUAUGAAUUUAAUCUAGUUGGAAGUUUUUGCUUCCAAAUGCAAAAUAUAGGUGUAUUUCUAAUUUUUUACACAACUAGUUAAUAUUCACUUUGGGUCACAAGGUUUGGUCUUUGGUCUAUUAAAAAAUUGUGAGUACAGCAUAUAUAUUACGUAAAAGAUGUUAUAUUCAUGUAUCACUUGAUAAAUAAAGACAAUAAUAGCAGUUAAAAUAUAUAACUUGAUUUCUUAUUUUUCAUAUUUGAACAAUUCACAAACUUGAUAUAUGUAUAUAUUCAAUUCCUCCAUUAUAUAUUGAUAACUAUAGAAUUUGUGGUCUGACUUUUAAAUAAUGAUGUAGAUAAACUUAAGUUAUAUUUACAAUCUGUCUAUUUUUGCUUUUUUAUUUUAUUGAAGUUUGUGAGGGGUGGAAAAAUAGUAGAAAACAAAAAAUAAAAUUGUUCAUUUACAUUACAGUACAAAUUCAUGUAGAAUGCAACACAAAUGAAAAGUGAGUUAUUGGAAGGUAAAGUAGUAGUGAUUCAGUAUUCAAAUUCAGAUGAUACCAGACUGUAGAAUAUAUUUUUAAACUGUUUAAUGGUUUUUUAUCAGAGUUAAUUUGAUAUAUACUUUUGAAUUAGGCACAUUAAAGUUGAAAAAUGAUAGUUUAAAAACUUUUUCAUAUUGUGUCCAAAAAAAUAUUAAUUCUAAAACUUGAGUAAUUUAUGGUAUAUUGCAAUUAAUAUACUGAAGUCUAAAGAAUCAAAUAAAAAGUGAUCAUAAAUAAUAAACUAGCAAAACAGAUAACUGAUUUUUCAAUACUAAAGAAUGAUUUCAUUUUUUACAUUUGAAGUAUGUGACUUUUCAAAACUUUGUUGAAUAAUUUCAACAGACUAGUAGUAGUCCCAUUUGAAAUAUUUAUCAAAACUACAUUCUGUUUAGUGGAAACUUUUUCAUUUUUAUUUGUUUUUCAGAAAAUUAUAUUAGUUUUGGACUAUUUACAGGAUUUUUUUUGUAAAGAUUUUUGGAAAUAUUAUACUGUUAAUGGUAUUAGUUUAUUUUUUCAUCCAGAUUAUAUUGAACAAGAAAUUUAUUAAAAUUUAGACAUUGUGUUUUAAUUUAUCUGUAUUCAUUUGCAAUUACUGAUGAAAGGAAUAUGUACUGAGUGCAUUCAUUUCAAAGUUCACUUCAUUAUUAAAUUUAAAUGUUCAUUUUUAUAUGUUGCAUUAAAAUGUCAUUUUGAUAAAUCACAAAAUGAUUAAUUUCAUACUUAAUUAGUAAUUGAGAUUAUUUCAAACUGUGUUGUUAAGGGGGUUUGAUUUGUAUUUGCUAGUUUGAUAAUUAAAUAUUGUUGGUUUCCUCUUCAUUAAUUUCACAGUUUUGUCUUGUUAGUAUGCAUGUCAGUGAGUAUGCGCUCAUUUCAGAACUACUAUAUACAAACCUCCCAUAGAAUGAAUAUGUUCUUUUAACAAAAAUCUCACACUAUUCCUGCUUGUAUGUCAUUAACUUCAUGAUCAAUACAUAUUGUUAAUGUUUCCAAAGUAUUCUAAAGUUUCAUUUUGCUUAUGAUUUUAUGAAAAAGUUGAAAAUUAACAUGUACAACAAUAUACUGUAACAUUUUUGAAUUGGUUUAUAUGUCAAUAUAGUGUAGUAUUUUAAAUAUAUUAAUUAUUAGAAAUGUUUGCAAUGACAGGAUUUCAGGAUUUUAUUGAACUUAAUAAUAAUGUCUACAUGCCUCAUCAAUUUUUCGUAACAAUUAUAUGAAAAUGAUUUCUAUUAUAAAAGCAUCCUACAUUGUUAAAAAUUUGUACGAAUUUAUCUUUUAUUUAGAAAAUUAUUGCAACAUUUGUAACUAUUUAUUCAAAAUAUUUCUUAUUUACUUGGUUUUUUAUAUAUCUGAACAGUUAUUUUUUAUUCACUGUUUUUGGAUUUGUUUUGCAUUCCAAAUUUAUAGUUUAUCUACAUUUCUUUUCUGAUUUCUUUGUAGAAUUUUUAUUUCUAUUGGCUAUCAUUUACUGUAGUUACUGUUUUUUUUGUUUGAGUAUUCUCUUUCAUAGUUGAUAUUUUUUUUUCUUCUAUGCUUUGAUCAUGACAUUUAUUAAUGUUUGUUAAACAAAAUUUUUUCGAUUUCUUUGCUCAUAACUUUUUUAUGGCAUUCAAUGUAAAAGCUAUUUAUCAAAAAAUCUAAUGAAAAAUAUUUUGUUAAUGUAUGAAUGAUAAUACUGAUUACAUAAUGUAGUGGCAAUGACUUUCAGGUAUUAAGUCCCAAAACGUUUUUUCUACAUCUCAAGGGACAAAUGAUGGAAAAAUAUACAAAAGUUGGGUGUAGGUACACAUAUAUACACAAAUGCAGUGACAUUCUAUGAUUUUAAAACGGUCCAAACCUUGAUUGUUAUUUUGUUACUCUUUAAUGACAAUAUAAUGUAUAUAUUUGUAAUCAAUUUCUGUUUUUUUUUCUUAAUUUAAAAAGUGUUUAGAUAAUAAUUGUGAUUAAGUUCAUAUUCCUGCUCAUUACACAUUUGACCUCUAGGAUUAAUUAGAGUAUGGUUUGCCGUGUUCUUUUGGUUGAUGUACAUAGGUAUACAAAUUGUUUUUUAUCACAUUAGAUCAUGAGUUUUUCAAUCGUAAGUGUUAGUAUAGAAUUAUUAAUCUUGGAUAAGGAAGUUCUCCAUAGAUAUUGUCAACCUUGGAACAUGACUUAAAGAUAUAAAACAUUUGACGAAAAAUGAUGUACAUAUUGAAUCUGAAAUAAAUUGGGAAGUAAAUUAUGACCGACCUA